CUGCCGUGGUCCUCGGCCCGGGGGCGCGGGGAGCCGGUCUGACCCGUGUCUGUGGAGUGGGGCCCUAGAGAGUGGGAAGAUGGCGAUGACGCUGUUGGAAGACUGGUGCCGGGGGAUGGACGUGAACUCCCAGAGGGCCCUGCUGGUCUGGGGGAUCCCGGUGAACUGCGACGAGGCCGAGAUCGAAGAGACCCUGCAGGCGGCGAUGCCCCAGGUGCCCUACCGCGUGCUGGGGAGGAUGUUCUGGCGGGAAGAGAACGCGAAGGCGGCCUUGCUGGAGCUCACGGGCGCCGUGGACUACGCGGCCAUCCCCCGGGAGAUGCCGGGGAAAGGCGGGGUCUGGAAGGUGGUCUUCAAGCCCCCGACUUCCGAUGCGGAGUUCUUAGAGAGGCUGCACCUCUUCCUGGCGAGGGAGGGGUGGACCGUGCAAGACGUUGCCCGUGUCCUGGGGUUUCAGACCCCCGCUCCGGCCCCGGGCCCCGACAUGCCAGCGGAGAUGCUCAACUAUAUCCUGGAUAACGUGAUCCAGCCUCUGGUGGAGUCCAUUUGGUACAAGAAGCUGACGGUGUUCUCGGGGCGGGACGUCCCGGGGCCCGGGGAGGAGACCUUCGAUUCCUGGCUGGAGCACACGAAUGAGGUGAUAGGGGAGUGGCAGGUGUCCGAUGUAGAGAAGAGGCGGCGGCUGAUGGAGAGCCUCCGAGGCCCCGCCGCGGAUGUCAUCCGCAUCCUCAAAACCAACAACCCUGCCAUCACCACCGCCGAGUGCCUCAAGGCGCUGGAGCAGGUGUUCGGGAGCGUGGAGAGUUCUAGGGAUGCGCAGGUCAGGUUUCUGAACACCUACCAGAACCCGGGGGAAAAGUUAUCGGCUUAUGUCAUUCGUCUGGAGCCGCUGCUGCAGAAGGUGGUGGAGAAGGGGGCCAUAGAUAAAGAUAACGUGAACCAGGCGCGCCUGGAGCAGGUCAUUGCCGGAGCCAACCACAGCGGGGCCAUUCGGAGGCAGCUGUGGCUGACCGGGGCUGCGGAGGGGCCGGCGCCUAACCUCUUCCAGUUGCUGGUGCAGAUCCGCGAGGAGGAGGCCAAGGAGGAGGAGGAGGAGGCGGAGGCUGCCCUCCUGCAGUUAGGCCUGGAGGGGCACUUCUGAGACGAGGGAAGUGGGCGUGUGAGCGCAGACCUAGGUAACAGCUGCUUUGUGCUGUCUUACAGGUGUGUCUCUUAGUCAAGUCCUGUUUCUGGGGGGAAGUCAAGGCCUGCCUAUGCAUGUAACAUUAGUGAAGUUGUGGGAGGGAGCACCCUGAGCUGCUGUGUCAUGCUAGCAUGCUGAAAUGCCAGGUAACGGCUUGGACACAGGCGCUCAGUGCAAGCUGUCAUCUUGACAUCAUCAGUUGUGAAAAAUGUGAAACUUGUGAGACUUCUCAUCGAGAUAUUUAAAUGUGAAAUUGCAUGUUCAGAUGUUUAGUUCAGAGCCUGGCUAACACAAGAAGUGUUCAGUAAAAAUAGGAGCUGUUAUUAAUAACGUGAAUAGUUUUUCUGUUUGAUGCAAAUUGUUCCUGAUUUAUAUUGAUAAGAAGAAAUGUGAAGUAGAUAUUCUUAGUGGUUCAACUUUACAGUGCUGUUCCUUAUUUUUCAUCUGUAAACAUCAGGAUCAGUUUAAUUGGAAAGUAUCCUGAGACUGCAAAAUAGGGUAUUAGAAAAGUACAAUUACAGAACUGUGUAAACUAAACUUUUCACUGUACAAGAUAUAAAUCGCAUGGAAGGUUAAUGUGAACCAGUUACAGUAUCCAUUCCCCCAUUUCAAAUCCUUGUUGAUUUGUAUUUCUCUUUGUGCCGGUUCUAAGAGUUCUAAGUUUGUAGUUAUCAAAUACAUGUACACAAAUAAAAUAUAUUUAAAAAUUCUA